GCCACCAAAACUGCCUUGCAACUCGCACCAACGAACUCACAAUCUUAAAUACGUGCUCUGGCAGCUAGCUCGCGAGGCGGCAACCAUGCAGACGCAGUCCCGUCUCAUCUUGAACUCUGACGGCGGCGCCGCCACUGGCUUCGGCUCGGCCGCGGUCGACGAGCAGUUCUACGAGGCGGUGGUGAGGGAGCUGACGCGUGGGCAGGAGCUGACGGCGCAGCUCCAGGCGGAAGCGCUGCGGGCGCUGCGCGGGCAGGGCCAGGCAGAGGCCGCCGCCACUUUCAUUCUGCAGGAGGUGUCCCGCGCCUUCACCGGCUGCAUCUCCAGCAUGGCCGGCUCUGCCCCGGCCGCCGCCGGGUCACCCCAGGCGACCGUUGCCGUUGCCGCGGGCGCGCGCCGGUCUAGGGAUGACGGCGCGCCAAGAAGAAGCAUCCUGACACCCUCGCCGGACUCCGACGACGGGUACCACUGGAGGAAGUACGGCCAGAAGAGGAUCAUGAGGACAAGCUUCCCAAGGUGCUACUUCCGAUGCUGCUACCACCGCGAGCGCAGCUGCCCGGCGACGAAGCAGGUACAGGAGCAGCACAGCAGCAACGGCGGCCCCAGGACGUUCCUCGUCAUCUACGUCCACGAGCACACGUGCCACCUCACGGCGCCGGCCGCCGCGGAGCCUGAGGCGGCCGCACGUAGCCCCACGGAUAUGAUCGACUUCUCCGCCGGCGCCGGGUUCUCGCGGCAGCAGCAGGGCGGCGUCGUGCAGCUGAGCAAGGAGGAGCUCGAGCAGCAGGCGCUCGUCUCGUCCCUCACCUGCGUGCUGCAGGGGAGCCACCAGCUCUACUCCGGCGGCGAAUCGCCGGAAGAAUGGUCGUCGCAGGGACGCGCCGGCACCCAAGAUGCUGCUUCGAUCGAGACGUCGACUGAGCUCGAUGUCAUGGACUACGAUGUGACGGGCACGCUGUAUUUGGGUGCAUCCUCAGCGUAUUCGUAUGGCGGAGGUGACGAUGCAUGACAUGCCGCUUUGAGGGGCGCGUGAUCGAUCAUGUCGAUCGAUAGUACUAGUACUAUGUAGAUCGAGGUUUCAGAGUCUACAGCAUCGGUUUUAUCGUGUGUGUUUACGAUGAUGACAACACAGCCAGUCAGCCUACUUAUAUUAUCUGCUAGGUUCGAUAUGAUGUACGUGUGCGUACGGGCAAUAUAUAUACAGCUCACUCCCUA